GUCUGACGUCACCACCCUCGCCAUAUUGAAUCAGGAAAUCAGGGCUCGAGAGCCGGACGCAUGUAAACAUCCACGUCAACGGACAGCUGUUAUCUCAGAAACAAGGAUAACUUUUUCUUUUUCCGCCUCAGACUGAUGUGUUAUUAAACAGCGCUGUUGUUACGUGUUGGUGAUCGGAACACCGGACUGUUAUCGGGAAUAAUAAUGACGUCCCUGACGCAGAGGAGCAGCUCGGGCCUGGUGCAGCGGCGGACCGAGGCCUCGCGUAACGCCACCGCCGACAAAGAGAAGAGCUGCAACGGGGACGAGUACGAAGAGCGCCGGGGUGAGGAAGAUGAGGAGGAGCGGGGAGACUCGAAGGAGACGCGGCUCACACUGAUGGAGGAAGUGCUGCUGUUAGGACUGAAGGACAGAGAGGGUUACACAUCAUUCUGGAAUGACUGCAUAUCUUCAGGGCUGAGAGGCUGCAUGCUGAUCGAGCUCAGCCUUCGAGGACGACUACACCUCGAACCUUGUGGCAUGAGGAGGAAAAGCCUGCUGUCCAGAAAGGUGCUGUGUAAAUCGGACGCGCCCACGGGAGACGUGCUGCUAGACGAGGCGCUGAAGCAUGUGAAGGAAACUCAGCCUCCUGAGACGGUGCAGAGCUGGAUAGAGCUUCUGAGCGGAGAGACGUGGAAUCCCCUGAAACUCCACUACCAACUCCGCAACGUUCGUGAGCGUCUGGCGAAGAACCUGGUUGAGAAGGGUGUGCUGAGCACAGAGAAGCAGAACUUCCUGCUGUUCGACAUGACCACGCACCCGCUGAGCAACAACACGGUGAAGCAGCGCCUGGUCAAGAAGCUCCAGGAAGCCCUGCUCGACAAGUGGGUGAGGGAUCCGCAGCGCAUGGACAAACGUCUGCUCGCGCUCAUUCUCCUUGCACACUCCUCCGAUGUGCUGGAGAAUGCUUUCUCACCGCUGCAGGACGAGCAGUACGAGCUCGUGACAAAGCGCCUGCGAUCGCUGGUUGAGCUUGAACCGGAGACCGAGGCGGCCAAAUCCGGCGCUAACGAGCUGCUCUGGGCUGUCGUGGCCACUUUCACCAAAUGAACCUGAUUGAGAAUGGAAGAGAUGUAAAGAACGAGCAAAAGUGGACUUUAUAUUCCAUGAACCUGCUAGAGAUUGUGGCUGCUUGCACCAGAUGAAAGGGAAUGAGAAAAGCUCAUGACCCUUGGAUUUGUACUUGGGUUAUACUGAACUGUACUGGAGGUGGUGGGAUUAUAAUAAUGGUGGAAUUUCUGUUAAUGAAGAAUUUAUAGUGAUGAUGAUGAUGAUAUGAUGAUCAUAGUACCGUUUCUCAAUGAAACCAACCUCCCCAUCUUGGA